AACCUUAAAUAUAUUAUAUUUUAACAUAUAUUCAUACUUCGAUUAAUAUUUUGACUAAACAUUUACCCGCUUUUAAAGAUAUUAAAGUUUCAUAGGCCUUUUUCGCCAUGGAAUAAAAUUACUAAAUUAAUGUACUCCUGGAUGCAUAGUUUAUGAUGGCUGUAAAAAAACUCGAAGCUCCUGGAAAAGAUUAAGUAUUCAGAGUAGAAGAUUUGUGUGUUAAUAGCAAUAGAAUUUUCAAGGGCUAUUGCAGAGGUGACGUUUUCCCGUAUGCGUGAUUUUGCAAUAUUUUUCCUGAGACAAGCUUGAUAUUUCCAAUGAAAAUUAAAACCGAAACAAGAAGAUGCCCCAUAAUUAUUACUCUAUAUAUACAUAUUUUCCUUCAAUUAUGUAUAUACUUUCAGUGCAAGAAACAGGCUUGACCACCCCAGGUCACGUGGAUCUUGAUUCACAGGCAAAUGGUAGUACACAGUAGAUUAAGGUGGCUUCAUUUUAUUCGCCGUAAUCAAAUAUGGCGGGCGACUCGGUCACGUUGACCGAGGAAUCCAACGAAAUACAAAGUGAUGAUGAGGUUGACAAUCAAAGAAGAUGUCCAAGAAAUAUAAUCCUCAAGAGUCAGAUUGUUGAUAUUGCCACCAGUCCAACUUCUGAUAUAAUUGCUGCUGGCAAAAUUAAUGGAAAAAUUACAGUCUGUUCUUUCUCGACUUCAGAACCGAAUGCAAAAAUAUAUUCUUUAAAGCACCAUAGGAAAGCUUGCAGAUCCAUUGCAUUUUCUUCAGAUGGAAAAAAAUUACUUACUUCAUCUAAAGACAAGACCAUUCAAGUUGUCAACAUGGACACAGGACAAAUUUUAAACAAAAUCGAAAAUGCUCACAAUACCCCAAUCUACAAAAUAGUCUCAAUACAAGACAAAUGGAUUGCCAGUGGAGAUGAGACAGGAAAUGUCAAGCUUUGGGAUCAGCAUAACUGUAACUGCAUCGCAGAAUUCAAGGAAUGUAAAGAUUUCAUCUCUGAUAUGGUAUGCGACAAAGAAGGACGAAACCUGCUAUGUACUUGUGGGGAUGGCACGCUGUCUGUUUUCAACGUGCGGGGAAAGAAACUUCGUAGUCAGUCAGACCAACUUGAUGAUGAGCUAAUCUCGCUAGCAAUUAUGAAGAGUGGAACAAAAGUGGUGUGCGGAGGAGGUGAUGGUACGUUGAAUAUAUACUCUUGGGGCAAGUGGGGUGACGUGAGUGAUCGAUUCCCUGGACAUAUGCUGUCUGUAGACUCUCUAUGCAAAAUGACGGAAGAUAUUGUGAUAACAGGAGGCACAGAUGGCAAAAUAAGGUCAGUACACAUUCAGCCAAAUUACUUUAUCUCUGAGAUCGGAAAACAUGGAAAUCUGCCGAUUGAAAGACUUCAGAUAUCACCAGAUGGAGACAUAGUGGCAAGCUGUUCACACGACAACGUAAUAAAGUUCUGGGAUAUUUCUUGCCUUCAUGAACACGAACCGAUCACUGGUAAAGCAAAAACCAAGAAGCGAAAAAAUGAGAUAUCUGCAUCUCGUGCUAAAGAUUUCUUUGCCGAUUUAUGAGGUAAAUUUGGACAGCGAUGUUCUAAGCAGGCUUGAUCUGCCGUCCGUCCCUCCUCCCUAUCUGAAGAAAUGCCCAAUUUCACUAUUUCACACAAAAUGUCCCUUUUUGUAUCAAAGACAACCAGCGCGUUGGUGCAACAGUCCUCAGCCCCAUUAGCAACAAUGCUCCAGACGAUCUUCAAUAUAGACAUGCUUUGUAACGCCUUUAUUAACUAGUUUUUAUGUGUAUAGUAUUCAAUUUGGUGGAAUACUCCUUAAAGCUAAUGGCGA